AUGUUCCCACUGUUGAACAGCUUCAUCCACGUCCUCAUGUACACCUACUACGGACUGGCGGCCGCCGGAGCCUACAAGUACCUCUGGUGGAAGCCCUACCUCACGCUGGCACAGAUGCUCCAGUUCGUCAUCCUCAUCCUGCAUCAAAGCCAGGUCUUCAUCUAUCCCGACGCCUGCGACUACCCCAAGACCUUCCCAGCCGCCAUCUGCCUCUAUUCGGCCAUCUUCCUCGUCCUCUUCUCCAACUUCUACAUCCAAGCCUACUGGAAGCAGCGUCGGCAGCCCAAGCUGCUGGCCGGCAAGGCGUCCGAAGUCAGACUGCAGAACGGCGCCUCGUCGAGCAGCCUCGCCAACGGGCAUGUGGGCCCCUGUCUCGACUAUAAGAACGGUCAUGUGGCGAACGUCGCUCCGGCUGGUAGAGAAAAGCUGGGCCGGUUGAAGAAGUCCCAAUAA